UCAGGUUGUUGACGCGUUGAGGAUGUGGACAGGAAAUGCCAUGCAAAACGAGCAGAAGCGUGAUCGCUUGUCGGGUUCCUCCUCGGCGCACUUGCACAAUCGGCGGAUCGCCGAAAAUGCGUCUCGGUUGACGCCGCCGACGCCAGCGUCCAGGGAGCGGUCGCUCUCUGCCGGGACCGCGCGCUCGGUGUGAUUGUCCGUUGCGAGUCUGCUAGCUCUCCCGGCCUGCACGCCUCGAAGGCUUCGUCGCGGAACAACAAAAAGGAGGUAUUUGGCUUUUUUUCUUCUAUUCCUCCUUUGGCCAUGAGGGAAUACAAAGUGGUUGUUUUGGGCUCGGGCGGAGUCGGGAAAUCGGCCCUGACGGUUCAGUUCGUGACUGGCUCCUUCAUCGAGAAGUACGAUCCCACCAUUGAGGACUUCUACCGGAAAGAGAUCGAAGUGGACUCAUCCCCGUCCGUGCUGGAGAUCCUGGACACGGCCGGUACGGAGCAGUUCGCCUCCAUGCGGGAUCUGUACAUCAAGAACGGGCAGGGCUUCAUCCUGGUCUACAGCUUGGUCAACCAGCAGAGCUUCCAGGACAUCAAGCCUAUGAGGGACCAGAUCAUCAGGGUGAAGAGGUACGAGAGGGUGCCCAUGAUUCUGGUCGGCAACAAGGUGGACCUGGAGGCCGAGAGAGAGGUGUCUUCCGGGGAAGGCAAGGCCCUGGCCCAGGAGUGGAACUGCCCCUUCAUGGAGACCUCAGCCAAAAACAAAGGCUCUGUGGAUGAACUGUUUGCAGAGAUUGUCAGGCAGAUGAACUACUCCACUGUUCCGACCGGAGGUGACCAGUGUUGUUCUUGUGUUCUGCUCUAAAAACAAAACACAAUCGCAUAGUUGUGCUUUUUAAAUCAUUGCCUUUUUACUUUGAAAGUAUUUCUGCUCACACUGUUGUCUUAUGGUUUCGCACAAGUGGACAAAAAUCGAUGAUGUAUAAUAAUUAAGGUUGCAAUGGGGUGAGCAAUAUUUGGAAAUAUUUCAAAGUGGAGACUUUCUGUGGAUCAUUUCAUGGGAAGGUGAUGACGGUGAACCCUCUCAUACUUUCAGUUUGUGACCUCCAUAUUUGCAGAUUUUUAUUUUUCCGUAAUGUUGUUUAAGUAACAGCACACUCUUGAAAUAAUGACCUAAGUCAUAUUUUGACAAAAACGGGAGGCUGACCUUUGCUGAAAUCUUCUCCAUCCUAUUUAGUUAAAUCAUUUCUAUCCAUGGAAUUAUUGGAAUUCAUGGAAUUUAUUUUUUGUUUUCUUUUCCAUUCUUGCCCAUGUUUUUCACUGGGCGUUAAUGAUAUACAGAUUUUUAAAUCAUUUCCCACAUGUAAGGACAUUACAGUAUCCAUAAUUGGCUCUGUCUCUAUCCUCUGCCAAAAGUGAAAAUCCACAAAUAAUUAACUUGUAUUUAUGACUCCCAUCAUUUCCCCCCCCUCAAAUAUUCAAAAUCCUUAUUAAGACCCAAUUUUCCAAAUUGUAAGGUUCCCGGACUAUGCCAUUUUGAAUUCCAGUUGACUCCCAUGGAAUGUUUCCAACUUUGAAAGUUGACAGAACUUUGUAACCCUACUCUUCUGGAAAUGUGUUUACAUUGCAAAGUACUUGAAUGUUUCUUGGGAUUUUUUUUUCUUCCAAAUAUAGCUUUCUUUGUACAAUAUUGACUCUUAUCUGGAAAUGUGCCUCAGUGGGAAUGUCUUAUUGUGAAACCUAAGAGACUUUUUUUUUUCUUUCUCAGUACUGUUUUAAUAAUCUCUUGUGCUCAGUGGUGGAGUCUGUGUUAUGUCGGUCACUUUUAAUAUAUAUUUUUUUCUUGGGAGGGGGGGGGGGGGGGCGGAUGGUGUGAACUAGGGAUGGGCAAUUUAAUCAUUUUAAUGUCGUUAGCAUUAUAGCAUAAUUGCUUGAGUCCGUUUUGAACGUUUUCUUAAAACAAACAAAAAAAUACACAACUAAUUCAUCAAACAAAUCCUGUUGCUUGGAUUCUACUUUUUGGAUUACAAUGACCUGAAUUACUGAAAAUCCAAACAGAUUUAAAGACAUUUUAAAAAGGACCUUUUUAAAGAUAUUAUGACAGUAAAUUCAAAAUAACUUGGGCAAUUAUGCUAACAAGAAAAAAAAAAAUCUUGGUUCUUCUUUCUGCUUUUUAUUUUCCAAGUCAACAAUAUGUUCGCAUUGUGUUCUUCUUCGGGGUAUGAACUUCUGUUUGGAUUUUUAUUUUUAAAUAUACCUUUUCCGAAAUGUCGGAAGUGUAUUAACAGUGGACCUUGGACUUGGUGCACAAGGACCUUAAGUGCGUUGCUGUCGCUGCAUGAGGUCACAUCAGUUUGACCACAUGUCAAGUGCCUUCCCUGCGACUGUGCCAAGUGACGAGCCCUCCUUCCUCUGCAGUGCGUCUCCAUGGCAAUCAGAUUUUUUUUUUUGUUUUUAGCAGUUAAGAGUUUUUCCUAUCAGGCCCAAUGUCGAGGUACUGCGUUGAAGAAGCCAUGAGUGAUGGUGUUAAGUUGUUCUGUUUAUUCCUUGAAGAUGUGAUGAGAACUUUUUAUUGUGAUGAUUCUACCUUUGGACAAAAUCUGUGAUGAACCUUGUCAGUUUUGAGAGACUUGUAAUACAAAAAGGCAUUUUAUGUA